AGCAUUUGAAGUAAUGACGCUGGUGUAACGGCAGUAACGACAUUAGGCUCUCGCACGUAACUCGAUUUUAUUUAUUUAUUUAUUUGCCCUUUCCUUAAGAGGGAAUUGCUGUUAUUUUCUGGGCACCAGGCCCGGUUUCUGCUUCGUUCUGCCCGAGCCCUUGCCGCGGCCUGGAUGCGGCGCCCGAAGCCGGGCCUCGCCGUGCCACCAGCCCCGUGGCUGCUUCCAUCUCCACUUCCAUCCACACUGAAACUCUCGGAGUCCUGGGACAUGGGAAGGGGGCUCAACAUCUCGGGACCUUGCUUGGGGCUGGCUGCACAGAGCAGCACAGCUCACCUCCACGUGACGGGCAGGGGCUGCCCUGAAAUUGAAAACACGCAGAGGGAUGGAGUAGAGGCCAAGCCUGCGGGUCAUUAGAGCAUCUGUGGGCAUCGUGUCUAGGUACAGAGCGAUGACAAGUUUGGAUGUUUCAGGAGAGAAAUGUUUGCUUCCCGGCGAGAAAUAAAUUGGGUUAGUUUGCCUAGUGUCAGUGUGUUAUGAGUCAGGGGAGUUCAUUAACAUUUACCAAAAUCUGAAUGAAAAACUGAAUUUUUCAUUAGACAAAGAGGUUGUGCGUCAUUUCGCUGGUUUUGGGGGAAUCUCUCCAAUGAGUGGAGUGUUAUGUUUGAGACAUCAGCAUGCCAGGCUGCAGGAACUGCAGUUCUGCCUGUCUUGGUGUGGGCUCUGUGUGCUGUCAGGUUGGCUCGACGUGGCCGAGGUACACGGCGUGUCCAGCAUCUCGCCAGCGGCCCCAAGCCAGCAGCAGGAUGUGGUGCUGGAGCUGCCCACAACACACAGGGUGAGGCUGUGCUCAGCAUCUUGCACCGUGUUCUCGCUGUGGUGCUCCUUUUGGCAGUCCUGGCUGAAAAAUCCACUCCUCCCAUCGCAUGGGAGCACAGAGGUAUUGGUCUGAGCCCAGGGGGAGGUCAAGUGGAAGCCCCAUUUGGAGACGCCUCCCUGUGCAUGCCACAGGGGUCCCGUUUCCCUGCUGCUGGACUCACCAGGCAGCCUGUCCCUGUCCCUAUCUCUCUUUGGGGAGUGUUGUAGCCCCAGCCCAUUGCUUGCUGCUCCGUGAUGCUUUGCCUGCUGCCUUGCUCCACGCCAGCAGCUGAAAGCCGGUUUGGAGAGAUCAUACCCAGCGUGCCAUGAGCGAGUGCCACACGCUGCCGCGGCCCCGGCUGGUGAUGGCCGCAGGACACAAAACUGGGCUGCGUGCUCAGCGUGCUGCACAGCACCACCACGGCAUGGCCGGGGGGCACGGGGACAACGCGGUCCCCAGGGCAGCUCCGCUCCCCAACCCGCAGCACCGGGGCCGCACGGUGACCUUCCUCCUCCGAGGGGCCCGGGGGCACCGAGCUGUAACGAGGAGCCGGCGGGAGAAGCGGUGAGGGUCUGGCUGCUCCCCGCUUGUGCCUUGGCCUCGGGGGCCAAGCCGGGGAAGGGGCCGAGGCUGGCCACAGCCCUCAUUCCUCUGCUGCUGGUGCCGCUUUGUUGCUAGCUGGUGACAUCACCCGAGAGCCCACCCCCUGCCUCCCCGCCGCCGCUCCGUCUCGCUCACUCGCUCGCAGGCAGCGCUGGCAGGAUCAGGGCUGCGCGAGCGGGCGGCAGCAGCAUGCGUGCGGCGGCUGAGGCUGAGGGCGCGAGACCCACGUAGGGUGCCCGGCCGAGCCUCCCCGCCGCCUGCCUCCUGCCCCCCGCCAGGACCGUCGCGGCUCCCUCCGGGGACGCUGGGCGCCGACAGCCGCAUGCAUGACACUCCGAAAAGGAGAGAAAAUGACCAUAAGUAUCCAGGAGCACAUGGCUAUUGACGUCUGCCCCGGCCCCAUCAAACCCAUCAAACAGAUCUCCGACUACUUCCCCCGCUUCCCUCGCGGGCUCCCCGCCGCCGUGGGCCGCAGCGGGGCCCUGCGCCCGGCCGUCAGCCAGCCCUCCGUCAGCCCCGCCGAGGCGCCCCGCGAGGAGGACGAGGACGUGGACCAGCUUUUCGGGGCGUAUGGCACGACACCCGCCCAGCAGCCGGCCAAGUGCCCCCCACCCGAGGAGGCGGUGGACCCCGAGGGCUACGAAUCUGACGACUGCACCGCGCUGGGGACGCUGGAUUUCAGCUUGCUCUACGACCAGGAGAACAACGCUCUGCACUGCACCAUCAACAAAGCCAAGCUGCCAAAACUUGACUACAGAAAGGGCCUGAAGCCGAUGGACCAUAAUGGUUUGGCCGACCCCUACGUCAAAUUGCACUUGCUUCCCGGAGCCAGCAAGGCGAAUAAACUACGAACCAAGACGCUGCGCAACACGCUGAACCCCACCUGGAACGAGACGCUCACCUACUACGGCAUCACCGACGAGGACAUGAUCCGCAAGACCCUGCGGAUCUCAGUGUGUGACGAGGACAAGUUCCGCCACAACGAGUUCAUCGGGGAGACGCGGAUCCCGCUGAAGAAACUGAAGCCCAACCAGACCAAAAACUUCAGCAUCUGCCUGGAGAAGCAGCUGCCGAUAGAUAAAACAGAGGACAAGUCGCUGGAGGAGCGUGGCCGGAUCCUCAUCUCCCUCAAGUACAGCUCGCAGAAGCAGGGCCUGCUGGUGGGCAUCAUCCGCUGCGCCCACCUGGCCGCCAUGGACGCCAACGGCUACUCCGACCCCUACGUCAAAACCUACUUGAAACCGGACGAGGACAAGAAGUCGAAGCACAAGACGGCAGUGAAGAAGAAAACACUGAACCCCGAAUUCAAUGAGGAGUUCUGCUAUGAGAUAAAGCACGGCGACCUGGCCAAAAAAACCUUGGAAGUCACCGUGUGGGACUACGACAUCGGGAAAUCGAAUGACUUCAUAGGUGGAGUCGUGCUGGGAAUUAAUGCCAAAGGCGAGAGGCUGAAGCACUGGUUCGACUGCCUGAAAAACAAGGACAAGAAAAUCGAGCGCUGGCACACACUAACGAACGAGCUGCCAGGGGCCGUCCUCAGCGACUGAGUGCCCCGCGGACUGCUCGCCUCCACGGCAUCGGGUGGAGGGGACCGAGGCACUGCUGCAAGGGAGAGGGGACAUCCCGCACCGUGCCGCGGGGACACGCUUCCAAGGGAGCAAGGCAGAGGCCCCUCGCUGUGCUCAGCGGGUCCCGGCCCCUAAGGCUUUUCCAGAAUGCCUCUCAGCACCCUUACACGCACACACACAUGCUCAUGAGCAUGCAAAUGCAUGCACACACAUGUGCAUGCACACACACACACACACACACACACACACACACACACUCAACACACACCUGCAUGCACUACAGUUCUGACUCCUCUCCUAACUCGUCGCUGUACUGACUUACCUUCCUGCUGCCUUGCAAUUCAGUGGCAAAAAUGAAUGCAUCAGUCUUCGUUUGUGUAUCUAAUAUGAGCAAAAGGCGUCACUAAAACAUGGAACUAUUU